AUGUCUGUUCUCGUCGCGUCUCCACCUUCGAGUCCACAGAGGGCGCGCUCCAGAGCUCUAUCGCUGGCUCUUGCAGCCGCGUCAAAGCCUGCCCCCUUGCUCGACGUUCCAACAGAGCUCGGUUUGGCCAUACUUGAGCUUGCGCUCACCCAUACCCCUCUCAGAACACUCGCUUCACUGUCCAGAGCAUUCAACACCCUUAUCGCCGCCAUUUUGUACCGCCAAGUCAUCCUCGACACCCCUCAGAAACUGGCCCUGUUUGCGCGAACGAUUCGUGGAAAGACACCCGAUUUUGUAGAGAGCCACGUCAAGACGUUGGCCGUCACGAUAGAGCACUGGAGGUUCACCCCCGCCUCCAAUAUGGACCUCGAGACCAUCAUCGCUGUCUGUAGCGGGGUGCGGAUACUUUCCCUGCCUCGACCCAGAAUUCUCGCCUUAUCGCGCCAUUCUCGCAUUCUUCCAAGCGAACUGACCCUCCAAUCAUUCGACCUGUCCUCAGUAGAAUCUUGCAGCGGUGGCACGCUGCAAAUGGCUCAUUCACUCAGCCAUCUCCGCAUCGCAGAGCCCGGUGAUUUGUGGAACUCACCGCUGUCAAUCCUCGCCUUUUUCGGUGGGGUACCGCAUCUGUCGCAUCUCGCACUGGCGCGCCGAAUGGACGCCAACACCGACAAUGACGUCGUGUUUGUGGACGAGGUCCAGGCUAUUCUCGAAAGCCGCCCUCGGUUGAAGAUGCUGGUCGUGCGCAUCUUUCCCGCCUAUUUCCCGCUGUAUUGCGGUCAAGGGAUGGAGUCGAGCUCAAUAUGGACCGCGCUUGAGGUGGUUGCGGAGAGCGAUCCGCGGCUGAUGCUUGUUGCUGCUGGACAAGACACAAGCAAACUUUCCUGGGCUCAUUUGCCUGGUGAUGAUUUUUGGGAAGACUCCAUGAAGAAAUGGGAGGCUCGGUCUCCGCCUCCAAAAUAG